AUGCUUGGAAGUCUGAGUCUGGUGCUGGCCGCCUGUGGACCGGAGAAACUACCUGGAACCCAGAGAAACUCCACAGGGCCCAGAGAAACUACCCAAGACACAGGAAAAUUAUCCAAGACCCAGCGAAACUACCCAAGACCCAGAGAAACUAUCCAAGACCGAUGGAAACUACCUAAAACCCAGAGAAACUACCCAAGACCCAGAGAAAAUAUCCAAGACCCAGUGAAACUACCCAAGGUCCAGAGAAGCUACCCAAGACCCCUAGAAACUGCCCGAGACCCAGAGAAACUACACAACACCCAGGGAAUAUAUCCAAGACCCAGAAAAACUACACAAGACCCAGAGAAACUAACUAAAACCCAGAGAAACUAUACAAGACACAAAGAAACUACCCAGAAAAACUACCCAAGACCCAGAAAAACUACACAAGACCCAGACAAAACUACACAAGACCCAGAGAAACUACACAAGACCCAGAAAAAAAUACACAAGACCCAGAGAAACUACACAAGACCCAGAAAAAAACUACACAAGACCCAGAGAAACUACACAAGACACAAAGAAACUGCCCAAGACCCAGAGGAACUACACAAGACUCAGAGAAACUUUCUACGACCCAGAGAAAAUACAGAAGACCCAGAGAAGCUAUCCAAGACCCGGAGAAACAAACACUUUUGCUAA